AUGUCAAUAUCAGUUGACAGUAAUAAUCUUAGUUUUGUUAACGAUUUGAAUCCUGGGAAAGAUAUGUGGAACAUGAAAGCGAGAAUUAUUCGGAAAUGGAAUCAGGAUUACAAGAUGGAUCUCAUCUUCAUUGAUGAGAAGGGUGCUAUGAUUCAAGUAGGUAUUAAGAGUCAUCUGAUGCCUGUUUUUGAUGGACAGCUUCAAGAAGAUGCUGUUAUGAUUCUGUCGAAAUUUGGUGUUGAUGUUGCUGGAUCUGUGAUUUGUUGUGGAGAUCUUGAAAUCUUUGAUCGACCUCCAAAGGAGACUAAGAAGAUGAAUUUCGAUAUUGAAGACUUGGAGGGUAAGGUUUUGCGAUAUACUGUGUGGAAUGAUUAUGCUCUGCAGAUUAAGGACUUCAUUUCUAAAAUCCCACCUCAUGAGCAUGUGAUGGCUGUUAUACAGCAUGGAAAGUGUAAGGAAUGGAAAGGUGAAUAUACUGUUCAAAGUGAUAAGUUUGUAACACGAAUUUUUCUGAAUGAAGAAAUUGAUGAAGUUAAUGAGCUUAGGAGGAGGCUUAUACUGAAGUUUAGACAAGGGAGUGGUUCUACUUCUCAAACAAUACUAUCGUCUCAGAGUGUUUUUCCAUUGCAUAAAGAAUUUGUUACUGAUGGUGUGAAGAAACAUGUUGAUGAGACUAGUGAGAUAGAAAAGGAAAUGUAUUGUGUUGUGGUUGCGACAAUUAAGAUUGUGCAAAAAGAGUAUGGUUGGUUUUAUGCUGCCUGUCGUGAGUGUUUCAAGAAGGUGAUGGGUAAAAGUGAAUACUUGCAGAAUGUUGAAAAUGUUUCAGAUGAUAUUGUUCGAUUGCCUGCGACUUCUUUGGUUUGUCCCAAAUGUCAUAGUGAAUGUACAUCGAUCACCACAAAGUAA